AUGAAUUCUUAUCGACAAAAUGAAUAAAAGAAAUUACGCAAUUCUUAUCUAACUAAUAAUCUUGAAAACUCUAUGAUAUCAAAUAAAUCGAAGAAUUCAUUCAAAGAUCUAAAUGAAUAUAGAAGUAUAUUGCAUAUAUUUAUUAAACUCUCAGAUCAUACUCCUCAAGAGAGGACAGGUCAUCGCAAUUAAUAAAGUGCCUCAAAGAUUAAAUAAAUACUUUCAAAUUUAGUAUAGACAGAUCAAAUUUCACCGAAAUCAUCAUUUGGAUAGAGUCUAAGAGAGAAAUAGGAUAUGAAGUUGACAGAUAACACUUGUAAAUAAUUCUUAAUAUUAAGACUCUAAAACACCAAAGGCAAAUGAUUCGUAUUUCAAAUAGUAGUUAGUAGCACCUUAAUCUACUAGAGAAGCAAAUCAGAAUAACGAAAACCUUCAAAACUUAUAUUACAUGUUUCAAAAUAAAUAGUCAGAUUCCCAGAUUAAAUAGAAUGUGUUAACGUUAUCUUAAUUGGCAAAGCAACAUCAGCAAUAAAGAAACAAUAACAACUAAAUAACAUAAAAGAAUUGGCUUAAUAACAAUUAGAACAAAGAUAGUUAUCAUUCCUCGAUCUACAUAAGUUAGAUCUAAUAAUUGAAACAAAAAAUCGACAAUAGUCUAUAAAGGAAAACUUCAUAAAAAACUGAAAAAUACUAAAAUUAGAAUGAGACAUCAACUGUCAAAAAUAAUGGAAUUUCUACUAUUUCUAAAAGACCCUAAUAAGACUUAAAUUGUUUCGCUAAGACUGAAGAAAUCUCUGAUCAACUUAUUUAGUUGGUACUCUAGAAGGAAUUAUAAUGGAAUCAACUGAAUUAAAAUUUAGAAAAAUUAAAUUAUUCAUCAUUGGUCAAUCAUUGCAUGGAACUUCAUUAAUGUAUAAGUGAAUUGUCAGAAAGAAAGAAUGUAUAAUAAUUAUUAAUUAUAGAGUGAAUAUCUAUAUGAUAUCGACAUAAAUAUAAUUGACACAUUUUUAUUAGAAUCAUUUACUGUUUUGAUCAUGUUAAUGGAAUAAUCAAGAGGAUAAUAGAUUUUGGAUUAAAACUUUAAAAACUUAAUCGUAUACAUCACAUAAAGUAAUUUUUACUUAAUUUAAACUAUCAAUUCUGCUGUGGUUCAUGUAUCAAAUAAGUAAUUAUAAAAUUAGUCUUUGUUAAAGUAAAGGAUAGAAUUAAGGCAAUUUUAGUAAAAAAAACAACAGAGCAAGGCCAAAUAGACCUUAUAGAAAAAUAAUUUUAUUAUAAGAUCUAUUUUAGAAUUGAUGUAAGUAAUUAAUCAAUAUUAGGUAUUGACGACACGACUCAUCCAGAGGUAUAUUAGUCACUUGAUUUCAAAUAACAAAGUUUAGAAUCUUAUUUUGUUUAGCAAAACAAAAUAUUAAAUCAAAUUUCUAAGUAGUUAUAAAAAGAUAACAGUCUAAAGAGUUAAAGUGCUAAUAAAAGUACAAGUGCUGUAGACAAAAAGAAAUAGCCCAUACUUCCUACUAAAUAAACCAAAAAUUAUACAUUAGUGUUGGAUCUAGAUGAAACAUUAGUUCAUUAUUAAGAAGUACACAUAAAUAGCAAUAAUUAGUUUCCAAAUGGUGGAGGGCAAUUUUUAGUGAGACCUUACACAGAGGAGUUUUUAGAAAAGUUAUCAAAAUAUUAUGAAAUAGUAAUUUUUACAGCUGCCUAACCUGAUUAUGCUAAUUUUAUUAUAGAUAUAAUUGAUAAAUAAUAGAUUGUCAAAGCAAGAUUAUAUAGAGAACAUACAUUACAAAAGGAUAAUGUGUAUAUAAAAGUAAGGUUACUUAGCAAUGUAUAGGAUCUAUCUAUUCUUGGAAGGAACUUAAAUAGAGUGAUAAUAGUGGAUAAUAUGCCAGAGAACUUUUAGUUGCAACCUGAAAAUGGGAUAUACAUUUAGAGUUGGACAGGGGAGCAAAAGGACAGAGCUCUGAAAGAUUUGAUGCCUCUUUUAGAAUGUAAUAAAUAAUAUUAGGAGUAGAAAUAGCAAUAAAAAAGUGUAAAGAUGUCAGGGAGGCUUUAAAUUAAUUUCGAGAGUAGAUGAUUCAAAAAGUGUCAUUAGGAAUAAAGAAUCCAUAUGAAAACCUUUAGUUAAUAUGA